CGCAGUUGCGAGGUGCCGGGACGCUGCGUGGUUUGCUUUCGAUUCAGGAUCUUAUUUUGACACCGAGGGCGGGGGUCUGGCGGCUUUGGUUCGCUUGGUAUUGCGUGGGCGGCAUUUUGGGACCCACAUGAGCCAGUGGCAUCAUGCCCGCAGUGAUCGGAGCCGGGGACGCGACUCUUCCGGACGUUCGUCAGGCAAGAAGAAGGGCAAAAACCGCAUUCCGGAAAGGUGGAAAGACUAUCUCCCAGUUGGACAGCGGAUGCCUGGAACUCGUUUCAUUGCUUUCAAAGUUCCUUUGCAAAAGAAUUUUGAAAAGAACCUUGCUCCAGAAGAAUGCUUUUCCCUUUUGGAUCUUUUUAACAAGAUUCGAGAACAAAAUGAAGAGCUUGGGCUUAUUAUUGAUUUAACAUAUACUCAACGCUAUUAUAAACCAGAGGACUUGCCAGAAACUAUUUCUUACUUAAAAAUUUUUACAGUUGGGCAUCAGGUGCCUGAUGAUGACACUAUUUUAAAAUUCAAACAUGCUGUUAAUGGAUUUGUGAAAGAAAAUAAAGAUAAUGACAAACUUAUUGGUGUCCACUGUACCCAUGGUUUGAACAGGACUGGCUACCUCAUCUGCAGAUAUUUGAUUGAUGUACAAGGCAUGAGGCCAGAUGAUGCAAUUGAAUUGUUCAAUCGGUGUCGGGGACAUUGCUUAGAAAGGCAGAACUACAUUGACGACUUGCAGCAUGGUCCUAUCAGAAAAAGUCAGAAAUCCAGGGUGUCCAGAUCGAGUGGUUUUGAGGACUCAGCACAUCUCAUGGAUCCAACCCACAGUACUGAUAAGGCUGAUCACCAGGGACAUAGACAGAGCCUGCAUCGGAGCCACGGCUACCCAGCACCUUCUCGGCACGUCCGUAACCAGACCCCAAAUUUGCAACAUUCUAUCAGGAAAUUUUCACAAAAUCACGUUUACCAGAGAGGCCGCCUCCCUCCCCCCGGCCCCCCUGGAGAGGACUACUCCCGGAAGAGAUACACUUGGGAUGUGAAGACCAGCGGCAGGCGCACAGCCUGCAGUAGCAGGUGGUACUCGGACACUUACCACAGACUGUCCCAUCCGGCCUACUGGGGAUGGACCGAGUGAUGCAGACUUGCCUGGGAACCCUGGAUACCAGAGCCAAACUGAAGCAAGCUCGAGUGACUUUUAAUUAAAUCAGGUCAAACAAAAUUUUUGAAUCUAUUUUAUUGCUCCCUUAUGUGCUAAAGCUUAAAGAAUUAUAUUAAUAUUUACCUCUUUGCUGAUAGAUUUGCCAUAAUUUCAGCAGUGCAGGAAAAGAAUCUGUUAUUCUAGUCUUAAAUUUUUCUAAGGAAAGCUAUUUUAGAACUGUAACAUAUUAAGAACUUCCCUUGCAAAUUAUUUUUUAAAAUUAUAUCUUGUAAUAUGUGUGUGUGUGUGUGUGUACAGAAAUGUUUAGUGCUCUUGUCAUGUUCUAAGAUUGACCCAGACAUUAUGGGUAUCUUUUUUCCUCUAACUGUUCAAAAUUUCUAUUAAAAUCUACCAAGAAGACAGUUUAUUUUACAAUCUA